AUGGGUACAUGGACCCUUAGGGUACCAUUUGUCGUGUGGUAUUUGGGAGAGUUUCUGAUCUUCAAGCAUUUGGACAUCUUCGCUACGGUCUUUGUGAUUCAGGCUUUUCUCGACUUGCGCAGGCUAGCUUCGGGCUUUUCGUGGUUUUGGUGUGCUGUGUUUAAUCAUUCUGACGUUGGGAUACUUGUCCACCGUGUUGCUGCCACAACGGCCACCGCAACCACAAUCACUGCCGUUACCAACCGCAGCAGAAAUACCAUUGAGAGUGGCAUCGUUGGAAGCAACUCAUCACUGAACAGCAGUAGCGACAGCAACAACAGCAAAAGCAAGCAGGUGAGCUCUCACUAG